CAAAGAGAACUUAGCAACAGUUCUAUUGGAUGCUCUGUGUGUCUGUAGCAGGAAAAGGGCAACUCUGAAGCUCAGAUGUACAAACAGCUUUAAAGGACUAAACAAUCUCUCAGCAGAUGCAUCAAGCAAAAAUCUGAAACUACAAACCAGGUCUGUUACCCAAGGACUUCAUCAGAAGGGAGAGAAACCUGCCAAUAAGAGAGGAACCCCUGUCCCACAAUGCCAUCCAUCCAGCUGCCACUGCUACUCCUCUGCCUGACCUCAUGUGGCGUUUGCCUCAACGGGAGGCAGCCAAUUCCAGAGAGAAGUGAGAACAUGGGAAGAAGUCCCCUGGAUGACAUCCUGCAGACAUCCGAAAGCCUUAUUCUUCAGUCUGUCCUCAAGAACGCCAAAAAGGAAGAAGAGAUGCUUAAAGAUUCAAAUAGCCCUCUGCCAGAAUGGCUUUCCAAAAGACAACACCCCGGGAAGAAGUACCUAAAUGACCUAGAGAAGAGACAGCAUCCUGGAAAGAGAGAUGUUGAAGAAGACGUAUCUUAUGGAGACAUUCAGAAGAGGCAGCAUCCAGGGAAAAGAGAGAUAGAAGCUGACCUUGACAGCUAUCUGGAGCUGAAAAAGAGACAGCAUCCUGGCAGAAGGUCAUUGUCAGAUCAAUAUACUGACAUUCCCAGUGCACAGCUAACCUACUUGGAUGAAUUAUCCAAAAGACAGCAUCCAGGCAGAAGGUAUUUGAUGGACAAGCACCAGUAUCCUAGCAAAAGAGGAUGGAAUGAUGAGGUAGACCUAAAUGACCAAUAUAAUGAGAAACAGCACCACUCUGGAAAAAGGCACUGGAAUUCUGACAGCCCAGAUAAUGCAGGCCCCUGCAGCUUUCAGGAGUCCUUCACCUGCAACAAAGGCAGCUUGUUGCUUGAGUUAGUAGAAAACGUUAGCAAAGAGAGGGUAGAAAGUAAACGCCAGCACCCAGGAAAGAGGUCAGCGUGGGAGAGUGGAAUAGAGGAAUGAGAAUAUAAUUACAUAUCAUUUGCAUUUGGUGAAGUAAACUGCCAGACCACAAAAAAAAUCUGUACCCUCCCCUUUGGCUUCCUGCUGCUGAGCUCUGCACCUGUCUUUUUGUGCAUUCAUGUUCCCAUUGAAGCUAAUGUCUUUGUCACACACUUAAAGUUAAAGAACUAAGGGACCCAGUUGAAUGGGACAGGCAAGUACUGGGAGUCUUCAACUCCCCCACUUCAGGAAGUUAAGAGUGCUCAUUACCUUAUGGGCCCAAACCCCAGAAAAAUCACACUGUGUGUCCCCAAUUUGCUGUUCCCAAGUGACUGAAACAGGCUCUGUUCUGAUGCCAUCAUAGUGGAACAAUCAUAUGGUGUCCUCUCAAGUCAGUGAAAUCGGUAGAGAGGAAAAAAAAAGUACAACAUAGGCCAAAUAUUUCAUAAUGAGAUUGAACAAGUUUUCAAUUCUAAAUGAUACGUAAAUGAGACCUGAACCCUUGUGCAUGACAACCUGUCUAGACAGAGAGCACUAAACAGAGAUAGGAACUGUUCCAGCUGGAACAGAUUAGAUGACUGACUUCAUAGUCUGACUUGGAACUGGUACAUAAAAACUCUUUUCAUGUAAGACCUGUAUAGUGCAAACGGUUAAUGCAUCCCAGAGCAUCCCAACCGCAAGCUGUCAACCUCAUUGUGUACACCCCAGGCUACGACAGGAUUUCCACCCUGGUGUGUCACAUUUCAGUUGUGCCACUCAAACCCACGCCUUCUCCUCAGACAUCUGAAACGGAAACAAGCAGACAUCCUUUUCUUCCAAUAAGGAUUUCUGAUUUCUCCCAUCUCAAAGGAAUGCUUUUACUUUCCAUGGUCAGACUCCCAAAAGUGUUUAUUUGAUAUGAAUGAGUCAAUAAAUAUCAGUAGUCAAUUCUGUGUGUCCUUAUUGGUUGUGCAAACAUACUGUAAUAUAGUGAAAAACACAAACAAC